CCCAAACCAUCCAUUACCAUAUUCCUAAGCUAUCAUGGUGCACCGGACUUCCAUAGCCGAUGUGCAUGUGAUGUGCAUGGAUCUAAGCCCAAAGAAACCCAACAAGGCCAGCGCCAGCGACGGCGGAGCCUACUACGACUGGUCCCCCGCCGAUCUGCCCAUGCUCGGCGUUGCCUCCAUUGGUGCCGCCAAGCUCUGCCUCACCGCCGGAGGUCUUGCCCUACCCAGCUACUCCGACUCUGCCAAGAUCGCCUACGUCCUCCAAGGCAAAGGUAUAUUCGGCGUGGUUCUCCCGGAGGCGACCAAGGAGAAGGUCAUCUCCGUCAAGGAAGGCGACGCGCUGGCGCUCCCCUUCGGCGUCGUCACCUGGUGGCACAACAACGCCGACGCCGCUAUCUCCGACCUCGUGGUGCUCUUCCUCGGCGACACCUCCACGGGCCACAAGCCGGGCCAGUUCACAAACUUCCAGCUCACCGGCUCCACGGGCAUCUUCACGGGCUUCUCCACAGAGUUCGUUGCCCGCGCAUGGGACCUCACCCAGGACGACGCCGCCAAGCUCGUCUCCACCCAGCCCGGAUCCGGCAUUGUCAGGGUCAAGGACGGGCACAAGAUGCCCGAGGCGCGCGACGAGGACAGGCAGGGCCUGGUCCUCAACUGCCUAGAGGCGCCGCUUGACGUCGACAUCAAGAACGGAGGGCGCGUCGUGGUCCUCAACACCCAGAACCUGCCGCUCGUCAAGGAGGUCGGGCUCGGUGCUGACCUUGUCAGGAUCGACGCCCACUCCAUGUGCUCGCCCGGCUUCUCCUGCGACUCCGCCUACCAGGUCACCUACAUCGUGCGCGGCAGUGGCCGCGUCCAGGUUGUUGGGAUCGACGGCACGCGAGUGCUCGAGACCCGCGCCGAGGGAGGCUGCCUCUUCAUCGUGCCAAGGUUCUUCGUUGUCUCAAAGAUCGCCGACGAAACCGGCAUGGAGUGGUUCUCCAUCAUCACCACCCCCAACCCAAUCUUUAGCCACUUGGCGGGCCGGACAUCGGUGUGGAAGGCAAUAUCUCCGGCGGUCUUGCAGUCGUCGUUCAACACCACGCCGGAGAUGGAGAAGCUGUUCCGUAGCAAGAGGCUUGACUCGGAGAUCUUCUUUGCGCCUUCAAACUGAUUCAUUCGCCGGUGGAAAUUGGUCCAUCCAUCUCGAGUAAACUUGGUGUCCUGGGUGUGUUCUUAGCAGCUUCAGUUUAGAAUAAUCAGGUUAUGUCUUCAUCAUCAGUUUUUUAGAUCGCUUCAUGUAAUAAUAAACUUGAGAUGGUACACAUGUUUCUUAA